UAUUUGUUUGUUUAUUUAUUUAUUUGUUUGAACCUUUAUUUAUUCAAGAAGCUAAAUGAGGUACGGCAGCGGAACUUCCAGUUUUCAUAUUUCGUGUCCUGGACAUGCUAUGGUCAUGAUUUUUGGGUAGUUCUUGAGUGGCAUAGUCUGGGUCCAUUAUAAGCAGCUAGUUCUGGAAUUGCAGUCUGGGUUUUGGCGUGGAUUUCUUUUUGUCAUCAUACAAGUUUGGCUGGCGGCCCAAAAGAGAAAAACCGGCAAAAAAAACGUAUAAAAAGACGUCAAAAUCAAGCCAACACGCCUGCUUGGAGAGUAGUAACGCUACAUCCUUUCAACUGUGUGUUUUAGCUACUCUUAACAUUUACAUAAGUCCCUUUUCUUAGGGAUGAAAUGAAUAUAGUGGAGGCAAAGAUAUAAACCGUGACUAAAAAAAACUCUCAACAACAGAAAGACGCAGCAAAAGUACAUGCAAAUCUAUCAAACCUGUCAAACCGGUUUUCUUAAUUCCAAAUUCCUGUUGUCGACAUGCCAUUACGAUUGCCCUGCUGUAGACUGUAGCCUGUGAGGAAGGAGACAGGUAUCGUGGCAUGGCUGUGAGCAGUGAGACGCCCUGGAAAAACCAACUUGACCUUGGAAAUGCGAGGAAAACUCCGGACAAAAGCAGAGCAGGUGAAGGGGUGUGUACCCCUCCCCUGCCCCGGCGGUGCCGCCCGCUCGAACACCAAGUCGCCGGGCACCGAUAUGGACAGGGGAAGACUAAGAAAGGCAUGUUACAACACGAUGAUGGGACAGUACUGAAGGCCCUCCAGCCGCCGCCCCUUGGGCAGAGAGAACUCGGGUUCUACCAGAAGAUUUUUCAGGAGGAGAGCACCAACAGUCAGGACCUUCUCACCUUGAGACAGUUCAUGCCAAAGUACCUGGGCAAGUUCGUUCCUGAGGACGACCAAUCACAGGUUUUUAUCAGGCUGGAGGACAUCACCAGAAAGUUCCGCCAGCCCUGUAUUCUGGAUGUCAAGGUGGGAAGAAGAAGACGCCCUGAUUUUAACCCCAAGCGAGAGAAGACGAGAUAUCCACCUCUUGACCUUCUGGGGUUUCAACUAAUGGGAAUGAGGAUCUAUAAGAGGAAAACAGGUGAGGUGGCGUGCUAUGACAAGGAAUACGGGAGAAGCCUUGAUGAAAACCAUGUCGGCAUUGGUCUGACUAAAUACCUGACCAUGGACGGGACCUGUCCGCUGCAAGUCCGAGUGUUACAGGCCAUCUUGUGUCGUCUGGAUAAAAUCAAACAGUUCAUCAAGACUCAGUCUCAGAUCUGCCUCUUCUCAAGCUCUCUCCUCAUCGUUUACGAGGGAGAGCCAGAGAAAGCCAUAGAGAAACCCACAUUCAACUCCCCUAAGAACAGCACAGAAUACUCCACACAUAAACUCCUAACAGGCACCAGCCGUUCGUUGUGCUCAGUCACUCUAGCAAGUGAUAACGUAUCUUUCAGUGAUCAAACGCACCACUUGUCUAAUUCUGAGGUAUCACAUUCCAAGGGAGAUAAAAAUGUUGCAGACGUUUCUAGAGAACGAGUUUUGGUACCGAGACUAGGGCAAAUUCUGUCACAAGAUAUCUUUGGUUCGGUGCAGGAGGUGGCAAAGGCAAAGGCAAAGAGUGUCAACGGAUCACAUACACACGAGUCCAGUCAAGGGGUUAAUGGCAAUCCAAAGUCACUCGAACAAGCUUUCACAGCCACAGGUCACUCAGGUUCACCGAGAGACAUGGCUUAUAGAUCAACACCGGUAGAGGAUGGGUUAUCCCGUCCAAUCAGGAAUGGUGAGACAGACUGUAUAUCUCAGGCUAUGAUAGAUGUGAGAAUGAUUGACUUUGCCCACGUGUAUCCGUCGGACCAUAUUGAUGAGAACUACCUUUAUGGUAUAAAGAACUUGAUAAGCUAUCUAGAAAAGAUAGCUUCGUGAUCAAUACAAACAUGUCUGAAAGUCUCACGUUAGCAGAGAAAGAAUAUUGUAGCAUUUGCCAAUAAAUCAUGUAAAUGAGGCC